AUGCGUUCAAACGCCAUCAGAGCCACCGUCCGUUCAAACGCCAUCAGAGCCACCCAUGCGUUCAAACGCCAUCAGAGCCACCGUCCGUUCAAACGCCAUCAGAGCCACCCAUGCGUUCAAACGCCAUCAGAGCCACCCAUGCGUUCAAACGCCAUCAGAGCCACCAUGCAUUCAAACGCCAUCAGAGCCACCCAUGCGUUCAAACGCCAUCAGAGCCACCAUGCAUUCAAACGCCAUCAGAGCCACCCAUGCGUUCAAACGCCAUCAGAGCCACCGUGCGUUCAAACGCCAUCAGAGCCACCCAUGCGUUCAAACGCCAUCAGAGCCACCCAUGCGUUCAAACACCAUCAGAGCCACCAUGCAUUCAAACACCAUCAGAGCCACCAUGCGUUCAAACGCCAUCAGAGCCACCCAUGCAUUCAAACACCAUCAGAGCCACCAUGCGUUCAAACGCCAUCAGAGCCACCGUGCGUUCAAACGCCAUCAGAGCCACCGUGCGUUCAAACGCCAUCAGAGCCACCCAUGUGUUCAAACGCCAUCAGAGCCAUCGUGCGUUCAAACGCCAUCAGAGCCACCGUCCGUUCAAACGCCAUCAGAGCCACCGUCCGUUCAAACGCCAUCAGAGCCACCGUGCGUUCAAACGCCAUCAGAGCCACCCAUGCGUUCAAACGCCAUCAGAGCCACCGUCCGUUCAAACACCAUCAGAGCCACCGUCCGUUCAAACGCCAUCAGAGCCACCGUCCGUUCAAACACCAUAAGAGCCACCGUCCGUUCAAACGCCAUCAGAGCCACCGUCCGUUCAAACACCAUCAGAGCCACCGUCCGUUCAAACGCCAUCAGAGCCACCAUGCGUGUAUUAAGAUUAGACGGCAGUGA